AUGGUCUCUCCAGAUCCAACUCUGCAUCUGCCUCGUAUCCUGUGUCUCCACGGCGGAGGCGUCAACUCUGCCAUAUUCCGUGCACAGUUCCGUGCCUUUCUAAACCACGAUAAGCUCAAAAAUCGAUUCCGGUUCGUUUUCGUCGACGCACCGUUCUUUUGUGAUGAGGGAGUUGGAGUCUAUCCUGUAUACUCAAACUGGGGACCCUUCCGGAGAUGGUUUCGAUGGCUCAGUUCACACCCGGAAAUUGAUCCAGCUGCUUGCUCUUAUGAGCUCGACUACACCAUUCAGCGAGCAAUGGAAAGCGACGAGGGUACGGGAGAAUGGGUGGGAGUGCUUGGAUUCAGCCAAGGUGCAAAGUUGGCGGCGAGCUUGCUGUACGAACAGCAGCUCCAGGGCAAAUCCGAACCAUGGAAGUUUGCAGUUAUCCUAGCCGGGCGCGCUCCGAUGGUGAGCCUCGGCGAGGACUCCGAGAACUUCCCGUGGAUGCAGUCAGCAGGAGGAUUGCCCGAUGCUGCAGAUCUGGACAGUAUCUUUGAACGACCAGAUAUGAAGCUAAAGAUUCCGACGUUGCACGUGCACGGCUUGAAGGAUGAAGGCCUACACCUGCACAGGAAAUUGGUGCACGAUUACUGUGCUCCAGGCACGACCACCUUAGUUGAGUGGGACGGAGGUCAUCGUAUACCUAUCAAGAGAAGCGAUGUUGACAAGAUCGUCGUUGCUUGGAUAGAGUUGGCCGAUGAGUAUGGGAUAUGA